AUGACCCUCACCGAACACGACACCCAGCGCGUCGAAGUCGACCAAGACUUUGACAAGUUCGCCCAGAGUCAAGAAGCAGCCACCUCGUCCACCACCUCCCUCCACAGCAGCCUCGUCAACUACGAAUGGAAACACGGCCGCCGCUACCACUCCUACCAAGCCGGGAGCUACUCCUUCCCCAACGACGAGCGCGAGCAGGAGCGUCUCGACCUGGUCCACCACGCCUUCUGGUGCACGCUCAACGACCGCUUGUUCCUCGCGCCCAUCAACCCCGACGACGGGCUCCGCAUCCUCGACAUCGGCACCGGAACUGGACUCUGGGCCAUCCACCUUGGGGAGGACCACCCUGGCGCAAAGGAGAUCAUCGGCAACGACCUCAGCCCCAUCCAGCCGAGGUGGGUGCCGCCCAAUGUGCAGUUCAUCGUCGACGAUGUCGAGCUCGACUGGGUGCAUGCCGGCGUGAGCGUCGAGCCGUAUGAUUACAUCCACUGUCGGUACAUGGCGGGCGGUAUCAGAGACUGGCCGAGGCUGGUGAAGCAGAUGUAUGACAAUGUCAAGCCUGGUGGGUGGGUUGAGUUUCAGGAGUCGGCCAACACGCUGUACUCUCAGGAUGGUACCCUGAGCAAGGACAAUGCCAUGGUUCGCAUGAUGGAGGGCUUGAUCUUGGCGUGCGACAAGAUUGGGCGGACGUUGGAUCCGGCGCCGCAGAUGGAAAAGUGGGUGAAGGAUGCUGGGUUCAUCAAUGUCGAAGUGCAGAAGUUUAGGCUGCCGAUUGGUAGCUGGCCGAGAGAUGCAAGGCUGAAGGAGGUGGGAACGUUGAUGGCGGUCAAUUUCAUCGAGGGUGUCGAGGCGUUCACGGCGUCGCUGUUUAGGGAUGUGCUGGGGUGGUCGCAGGACGAGGUGUCGGCGUUGAAUGCCGAGGUGAGGGCUUCGGCGAAGAAGGGGAAUGCGCACGCCAUUUUUGAUUUCUUGGUUAUCACUGGGCAGAAGCCAGAGUAG